AUGGAGAGCCUGACCAGUGUCAAUACCACAGAAGUGACAGAAUUCAUUCUGGUGGGUCUGUCUAAUCAUCCCAAAGCCCAGAUUGCCUUCUUCUGUGCUCUGGUCAUGAUCUACUCAGUCACACUGGUGGGUAAUGGUGUCAUCAUUUUCGUAGUCAGAAUUGAUGGGCAGCUGCACACCCCCAUGUAUUUUUUCCUCAGCAACUUGUCUUUCCUUGAUAUCUGCUACUCCACCAGUUCUGUGCCUCACCUGCUCUCCAAUGGCUUUAGAGACUUCCCUACCAUUUCCUACACCAGCUGCUAUGCCCAGAUGACCGUCUCCCUCUUCCUUGGGAUGACAGAGUGUCUCCUCCUCGCUGUCAUGGCCUAUGACCGAUUAGUCGCCAUUUCCAAUCCAUUGCGCUACACCCUCCUCAUGAACAAUCGAGUUUGUCUGCAGAUGGCCAUGAGCACCUGGGUCAGUGCUUUCCUCUUAGCUGUAAUGCCAAUCAUUGCUAUUCCAGCUCGUUACUGUGGGCACAAUGUCAUCGACCAUUUCAGCUGUGAGAUUCAAGCCCUGCUGAAGCUUGUCUGCUCAGACACCCCCAUGAGCCUGAUCCUGGGUCUAGUCAUCAGUGUGUGCACAUUGCCACUGCCUUUCAGCUUCAUCCUCAUCUCCUACAUCCGCAUUGUCAUUGCUGUGCUCAGGAUCCGCUCCACAGAGGCCAAGCUCAAAGCCUUCUCCACCUGUAGCUCCCACUUGACCGUGGUGACCAUUUUUUUUGGGACAGCCAUCUACAUGUAUGUGAAACCCCAGUCAAAAGAAUCCCAGGAUCAGGACAAAAUUAUCUCUGUGUUCUAUGGAGUUGUGACCCCUAUGCUGAACCCCCUCAUUUAUACCCUGAGGAACAAAGAUGUUAAAGGUGCCUUGAGAAAAAUAACUAGGAGGAAAGAGUCUUGA